AGGUCUUCAUCGCAGGCCUCGAUUUUUCAUAUGCAAUGGAUCAGAAGAAGCAGUGGUAUCAAUCUCAAAGAGCCCUUCCGGAGAGUUCAACAAAUUCCACAACACAUACAAAUAGAGGUGAUUGGCAAGAGGAGGUCUAUCAAAAGAUCAUAGUCAUGAAGGAGAAGUACUUGCCUGAACUAAGUGAAAUGUACCAGAAAAUUGCUAAUAAACUUCAGCAGCACGAGUCUCUUCCGCAGCCACCAAAUUCAGAUUCUCUUGCGAAGCUGAAAAUGUUCAAGUCCAUGCUGGACCGCCUCAUAACAGUCCUACAGGUGUCCAAAAGUAACAUUUCACCUGGUUUGAAGGAGAAGUUGGGUAUAUACGAGAAGCAGAUUAUAAAUUUCAUUAAUACAAAUAGACCCAGGAAGACUGUUUCUUCUCUACAUCUUCCCCCACCUGAGAUGCACAAUGCACACCUGCUGCAACAACCCAAGAUGGAGCAACAAGAUUCAAAUGAUCAUGUAAUAUAUCUUAAUUUCUUAUCCCCGACUAGUGAUACAAGUGGCACUGAUUGGCAAGAGGAGGUCUAUCAAAAGAUCCAAGUCAUGAAGGAGACUUACUUGCCUGAAUUAAGUGAAAUGUUUCAGAAAAUUGAUAAUAAACUCCAGGAGUACGAGUCUGUUCCGCCACAGACAAAUCCAGAUAAGCUUGAGAAGCUGAAAGUGUUUAGGACCAUGUUGGAGCACCUCAUAACAGUCUUACAGGUUUCCAAAAGUAAUAUUUCACCUGGUUUGAAGGAGAAGUUGGGUUUAUACGAGAAGCAGAUUAUAAAUUUCAUUAAUACAAAUAGACCCAGGAAGACUGUUUCUUCUCUACAUCUUCCCCCACCUGAUAUGCACAAUGCACACCUGCUGCAACAACCUAAGGUGGAGCAACAAGAUCAGAGUGCAUCUAACUUAAUACCUACUCAAGGACAGCAGUCUCAACCUCAUCCAUCACAGCAACAAUAUCUUUCAAAGAUUCAAUCUCAGCUUACACAUAUACAACAACAACAGUUGAGCAUGCAACAACAGUUAAUCCCACUACUGCAAGAUAUGCAGCAAAGGCUCGAAGCAUCAGGUCACGUAUCUGCAGCCAUACUUCAACCACCAAAUACAAUGGAGCUGCAAAACCAGUUAUAUCAAUCACAUACAGCCCUUCUGGAGACGUCAUCAACAUCUGUAGAUUCACCUGCCCUGACUGGACAUACAGACAAGAGGCCUAUCAAAAGGUUCAUGAAGUACAAUGAUGGGAGUCCUCCUCAAGGUGGAGAGCCUGCAAUGGAUGCAGGAGAUUGGAGGAGCCAAUUACAGGCGGAUUCGCGGCAAAGAAUUGUCAAUAAGCUUAUGGAUGCAUUGAAGAGGCAUCUUCCUUUCUGCGGUCAAGAAGGAUUGGAUGAACUCAAGAAAAUCGCUGUUAGAUUUGAGGAAAAGAUUUAUGUUGCUGCCACAAGUCAGACAGAUUAUCUACGGAAAAUUUCUCUGAAGAUGAUCACUUUGGAGACCAAGUCUCAGAAAACAAUGGCCGAUUCUUUACAAUCCAACUCUGCUGAGAACAUUCAAAGUAACAUUCCACUUGCUGGAGUUCAAAAUUCUGCUGGCUUAUCAGCACUACCCCCUACCUCUGGGCCCGGCUUAUCAUCUGUACUAGCUCCUACCCCGGCACAAAAUACGUCUGCCUUACUAUCUGCACUACCCCCUGCCCCUGCAUCUCUAGAUUCACCUGCCCUGACUGGACAUACAGAGAAGAGGCCUAUCAAACGGUUCAUGGAUAACAACGAUGGGAGUCCUCCUAACGGUGGAGAGCCUGCAAUGGAUGCAGGAGAUUGGAGGAACAAACUGCAGGAGGAUUCGCGGCAAAGAAUUGUCAAUAAGAUAAUGGAUACAUUGAAGAGGCAUCUUCCUUUCUCCGGUCAAGAGGGAUUGCAUGAACUCAAGAAAAUUGCUGUUAGGUUCGAGGAAAAGAUUUAUACUGCUGCCACAAGUCAGUCAGAUUAUCUACGGAAAAUUUCUCUGAAGAUGCUCACUAUGGAGACCAAGUCUCAGACCAAAAUGGCCAAUUCUUUACAAUCCAACUCUGCUGGGUCUUCUGGUAUGCAACCUCAAGUCACCAAUCAAGGACAACUCUUAUCAGAGAACAUUCAAAGUAACAUUCCACCUGCUGGAGUUCAAAAUUCUGCUGGCUUAUCAUCUGCACUACCCCCUACCUCGGGGCUCAGCUUAUCAUCUGUACUAGCUCCUACCCCGGCACUAAAUACGUCUGCCUUAUUAUCUGCGCUACCCCCUGCCCCUGGUAGAAAUAUGCCUGCCAGCUUAUCAUCUGUGUUACCUUCUCCACAGGACGUGAACAUUUCUAGUUCAUCAUUUGAACUAUUUCCUAUCUGCGGUCUAGUUCCCUCGAAGAAGUACGCAGUCCAGUCAGAUUGGAAGGCUCUUAGCAAGAUUUGCGGGGCUAGUGAGUAUAGAUGUGACUGUGGCACACUCUUUUCCAGGAAUGAUAGCUUCAUAACUCAUAGAGAUUUCUGUGAUGCAUUGGCGGCUGAAGAAAGUGCAAGGUUUGGUUCAACUUCAACAGCCACCAACAUUAAUAUUCCAAGCUUCAUGUCGGACUCAUCUUCCGCUUUACCUCCUGCCUUCAGUCUAGACUUAUUGACUAAUUAUCAUAGGCAAAUGCAAGGACAGCAACAGGUAGUUCCUCAACAGCAACAGCAGCAAUCAGAGUAUUCACAGCAGCGGAUUUGUCAGCAACAGAUACAACAAGAACUUAUUCGAAAUAUCCAACAGCAACAAGAGCAGCAGCAGAUGCUAUUACAAAAAACACCAUUGUCAUCUUCUCAGCAAUCUCAUGUACAAUCAGCAUCUUCUGCAGUGGAAUCUUUUCUUUGUAGGCUUCAGCAGAAUCAACAAUUAGCUAUUUCCCAGUUGACACAACCCAUGCUUCAGCAAACAGCAAUGCCACAACAGCAAAUAUUGCCGCCACAGCAUCAACAGCAACAGUUAACAGCAUCUCUGGAUUCCACGGCCCAGAUUCAAGAUAAAAAUGGAGCUGAUUGGCAAGAGGAGGUCUAUCAAAAGAUAAAAGUCAUGAAGGAGACAUACCUAACCACACUAAGAGAGAUAUACCAGAAAAAUGCUACUAAACUUCAGCAGCUCGAAUCUUUGCCACAACAGCCUAAGUCGUAUCAGCUUGAGAAGCUGAAAAUGCUUAAGACCAUGCUGGAGCACCUCAUAACAGUGUUACAGGUUUCCAAAAGUAACAUUUCACCUGUUUUGAAGUGGAAGUUGGGUUUAUACGAGAAGCAGAUAAUAGCUUUCAUUAAUACAAAUAGACCCAAGAAGCUUGAUUCUUCUCUGCAACAAGGGCACCUCCCUUCACCUCAUUUGCACUCCAUAGAGCACUCCCAAUCCCAAAUUACUCAAGUGCAAUCUCAUGAAAAUCAUAUGAGUCCCCAACUGCAUUCGAUGAACUUACAAGGAUCUGUGGCAACAAUGCAGCAGAACAAUGUGACAGGCUUGCAGCAAAACUAUGUGUCUUCUUUGUCAGGGGUUUCAACUGCACAGCAGAACCCGAUGAAUCCAUUGCAAUCAAGUUCCAACACAGAUCCAGGACAAGGAAACCCACUGUACUCAUCACAGCAGGUCCCUGUUAGUUCUAUCCAAGAAAUCUGUGUCAGUGGUCCCCAACAAGCUAACAAGAAUGCCUUGUCAUCACAGAGUGGGAUUAACAUGCUGCAAGCAAACAUUAAUCCCCUUCAGUCAAAUUCUGAUUUUCUUCAUAACCGAUAUCUGCAACAGGGACAGCAAUUGAAACAGAUUAUACUUGAAAAACGGAAUGAACAGCGACAGUUGCAGGAGCAGUUGAUGCAGAAGCAGCAGCAGCAGCAGAUAUUUCAACAACAACAGCAGCUGCUGCCUGGACAGUUGGAGCCCCAGCUUCAGCAAAUCAGUGUUGUUAAUGACAUGAACAUGAAUCCCUUGUCAUCAUCACAGAGUGGGAGUGAUAUGCUGCAGGGAAGCAUUGAUUCCCUCAAGUCAAAUUCUGGUAUGGUUGAUAACCAGUGUCAGAAGCAAGAAACUUUCUCUGUGAACCUCAAGCAACUGUGUCAACAACUACAGAUGCAGCAGCAAUGGAUGCAGAAACCGCAGAUGCUUCAAGAAAAGCAACAGCAGCAGAUACAGCAACGAGCAAAGCAGCGGCUGCAUCUUAUUUAUUUCAUCUAUCUCAUCUUUCUCAUUAUUCUAUACGUUGCUGCUGUUUUCGGGAAAGGCUAUUGGAUUUAAUCAGGCUUUGUUCUCCCCUACCUACUAUCUGUUCUUUGUAAUUCUGUAGCUCUAAGCUUGUUGUGAUAUUUCUCUCCGAGAACUUUUUUUCUUUUCAGGACUAUUUAUGUGUUCUACCUAAAUGCCUUCAUGGUCAUCAGUUAUUUGCUAGCUGUAAGCAUUGAAUAUGAACCCCUCUUGGAUGAUAACAUAGGAAAUGCUGUUCAGUUGUGAUAUAUAGUUUUGAAAAGGAAAUUGAAGGCAUUGCCUUGGGUUUGGGCAUUUGGGUAGAGAGUAGAGAUCAUAUUCUGGCUUUAUUGCGAAUGCUAGUAGCUGCUGUUAUAACA